ACGGCCCUUGCGAAGUUGCCAUGGCCACGACGUCAGCGCGGACGCACGGCCACCAGCAGCAAUACGGUCUGCGGCAGGACCCGCUGCGACGCAUGCGGGGCCUGGAUGCCAAGUCGUCGCUCCAGGCCAGCCCGCGCGCGACCACGGUGGCCACGGCCGCCCUCCUCGUCCCGCUGGGUGCCGCGCUGCUGGGCGCCUCGGGGCUCGCGCUGGCUGCGACCGUGACCGGUCUCGCGGUCGUGACACCGCUCCUCGUGAUCUUGAGCCCGGUGCUCAUACCCUUCGCGCUGGCCGCGGUGCUCAUCGCGUCGGGGCUCCUCGCGUCGGGCGCGCUCAGCGUCGCAGGCGUCUCGGCGCUCACGUGGGCUAUCGGGUACGUCUGGCGAUGGCAAGGCGAAGGCGAAGGCGGGGUGACAGGGAUGGUGGUGCAGCCGCUGAACCACGGGUUGAAGCGGCACGGCGUGGAAGGCACCGCUGCGUUCGUGGGGCACCGGCCCCUGCCCCGGGACAUCGAUGUUGCUAGUGCAUGAUGGUUUGGUGACGUGUGCAACUUUUCUAGUUUUUCUAUGGAAGUGCAACUUUUCUAGUUCGCAGGUGUGUGACGCAUGGCAUGGAUUUUAGCUUGGAUGGAUCACACGAUGUUUCAGAUGAUGUGUUUAUUUACAGCCGGAAUAAAACAGAUUUGUGUUACUUGUAAUAAUAACGUUCAUGGAAAAAUUAAAAUACUCUCUCCAUCCUAAUUUUUUA